CAAGCCUAUCGGCAGAUGGACGGAGAAGACAAAAGUGACAGGAAGCCCGGUCCUCCACCACUGGUCCACUGGUCCCCCCCCCGGACGGAGCGAGAGGAGCAGCACUGCCGAGGAACUUCACCAUCCAGCCGCAACACAAUCUCCACAGCCGUUAAGAAAAAAGAAACAAAGCAAAGCAGCAAGCCUGUCACUCCUCUUAGGUCAGUCAUGUCGGCCAAAGCCAUCUCCGAGCAGACGGGCAAGGAGUUCCUCUACAAGUACAUCAGCACCUCGGCGACCGUCCAGAACAGGUUCCGCUACGCCAACGUGACCGCCGAGACCGACUUCGACCGGCUGCCCCAGGAGCACCCAUGGCUGCUCACAGAGAGACUGGUGGUGAAGCCGGACCAGCUGAUCAAGAGGCGAGGGAAGCUGGGCCUGGUCGGCGUCAACCUGGACCUGAACGGCGUCAAACAGUGGCUCAAGCCCCGACUCAUGAAGGAGACGACAGUAGGAAAAGCCAAGGGUGUUCUCAAGAACUUCCUCAUUGAGCCGUUUGUCCCCCAUAAGCAGGAAGAGGAGUUCUACGUGUGCGUGUACGCCGCACGGGAAGGCGACUACGUUCUGUUCCACCACGAGGGCGGGGUGGACGUGGGGGAUGUGGACGGCAAGGCUCAGAAGCUGCUCAUUGGGGUGGAUGAAAAGAUCACCGAAGACCUGGUGAAGAAAGAGCUGCUGACCAAAGUCUCCAACGAAAAGAAAGCGGUCCUCGCCAGCUUCAUCGUGGGCCUCUUCAACCUGUACGAGGAACUCUUCUUCACGUACCUGGAGAUCAACCCUCUGGUGGUCACAAAAGAUGGAGUUUACGUGCUGGAUAUGGCGGCUAAGAUCGACGCGACUGCUGACUACAUCUGCAAGGCCAAGUGGGGUGACGUGGAGUUCCCUCCACCCUUCGGCAGGGAGGCCUAUCCUGAGGAGGCCUACAUCGCUGACCUUGAUGCUAAGAGUGGUGCCAGCCUUAAACUGACUCUGCUCAACCCUCGAGGAAGGAUCUGGACCAUGGUUGCAGGAGGAGGCGCGUCAGUGGUUUACAGUGACACAAUCUGUGACCUGGGUGGGGUCGACGAGCUGGCCAAUUAUGGGGAGUAUUCUGGAGCACCAAGUGAACAGCAGACCUAUGACUACGCCAAGACCAUCCUCUCUCUGAUGACUAGAGAGAAGCACCCUGAUGGAAAGGUUUUGAUCAUUGGAGGAAGCAUUGCAAACUUCACAAAUGUUGCUGCAACAUUUAAGGGGAUUGUUCGAGCUAUCAGAGAUUAUCAGGUGCCACUUAAGGAGCAUGAGGUCACCAUUUUCGUCCGUCGUGGAGGCCCCAACUACCAGGAGGGUCUCAGAGUGAUGGGAGAAGUCGGAAAGACCACUGGGAUCCCAAUUCAUGUCUUUGGCACGGAAACCCACAUGACUGCCAUCGUUGGCAUGGCUCUGGGUCAUAGGCCAAUCCCCAACGAGCCUCCUGUCGCUGCCCACACUGCCAACUUCCUCCUCAACACCAGCAACAGCUCAUCGACCCCAGCAUCCAGCAGAACAGCUUCUUUCUCUGAAAACCAAGCCAAAGCUGACAGCUCACCAGCCAAGAAGGCCAAAACAGGAGCUCCUGCUGCCAAGGCAACUACCCUGUUCAGCAAACACACCAAGUCUCUAGUGUGGGGCAUGCAGACACGGGCAGUGCAGGGAAUGCUGGACUUUGACUAUGUCUGCUCCAGAGAUCAGCCAUCUGUCGCAGCUAUGGUCUACCCGUUUACUGGAGACCACAAACAGAAGUUCUACUGGGGACAUAAAGAGAUCCUCAUCCCCGUGUAUAAGAACAUGAGUGAUGCCAUGAAGAAGCAUCCAGAUGUGGACGUCCUCAUCAGCUUUGCUUCCUUGCGUUCGGCCUUUGAUAGCACCAUGGAGACCAUGCAGUACCCACAGAUUCACACCAUUGCCAUCAUCGCCGAGGGAAUCCCUGAAGCCCAUACCAGGAAGAUCAUCAAGGCGGCAGAUGAGAAGGGCAUCACAAUCAUUGGACCAGCAACUGUUGGAGGAAUCAAGCCAGGCUGUUUCAAAAUUGGAAACACAGGAGGGAUGCUGGAUAACAUCCUUGCCUCCAAGCUCUAUCGUCCAGGCAGCGUUGCCUACGUGUCCCGCUCAGGCGGCAUGUCCAAUGAACUUAACAAUAUAAUCUCUCGCACCACUGACGGUGUUUUCGAGGGAGUAGCCAUCGGGGGAGACAGAUACCCGGGCUCUGUGUUUACUGACCAUGUGCUGCGCUACCAAGACACUCCUGGAAUAAAGAUGAUUGUUGUGCUGGGAGAGAUCGGCGGCACAGAGGAAUACAAGAUCUGCCAGGCCAUCAAAGAGGGCAGGAUCACAAAACCAGUGGUGUGCUGGUGUAUUGGCACCUGUGCCACAAUGUUCUCUUCAGAGGUUCAGUUUGGCCAUGCAGGAGCUUGUGCCAACCAGGCCUCUGAGACGGCUGUAGCUAAGAACAAGGCUCUGAAGGAGGCCGGUGCUUUCGUCCCCAAGAGCUUUGAUGAACUGGGAGAGGUCAUAAAAUCCGUGUAUGAUGACCUCGUUGCCAAAGGGAUAAUUCAGCCAGCUGAAGAAGUGCCUCCUCCAACUGUACCGAUGGAUUACUCCUGGGCGCGGGAGCUGGGCCUGAUCCGUAAGCCAGCGUCUUUCAUGACCAGUAUCUGUGACGAGAGAGGUCAGGAGCUCAUCUACGCCGGAAUGCCCAUCACUGAGGUCUUCAAGUCAGAGAUUGGCCUGGGAGGAACUCUGGGGCUGCUUUGGUUCCAGAGGAGGUUGCCGAGGUAUGCCUGUCAGUUCAUUGAGAUGUGCCUGAUGGUGACUGCAGAUCACGGCCCUGCUGUGUCUGGUGCACACAAUACUAUUGUCUGCGCCCGAGCCGGCAAAGAUCUCAUCUCCAGCCUCACCUCCGGACUCCUCACCAUUGGUGACCGAUUUGGAGGCGCUCUGGAUGCUGCAGCGAAGCAGUUCAGCAAGGCUUUUGAUAGCGGCAUGCUGCCCAUGGAGUUCGUCAACAAGAUGAAGAAGGACGGCAAGCUCAUCAUGGGCAUUGGACACAGAGUCAAGUCGAUUAACAAUCCCGACAUGCGAGUCCAGAUCUUGAAGGACUUCGUGAAGCAGCACUUCCCUUCCAACCAGCUGCUGGACUACGCUCUAGAUGUUGAGAAGAUCACUACCUCCAAAAAACCCAACCUAAUCUUGAAUGUGGAUGGCUUCAUUGGUGUGGCCUUUGUGGACUUGCUCAGGACUUGUGGUGGAUUCACACGGGACGAAGCCGAUGAAUUUGUGGAAAUUGGUGCUCUGAACGGCAUCUUUGUCUUGGGGCGCAGCAUGGGAUUCAUUGGGCACUACCUGGACCAGAAGAGGCUGAAGCAGGGUCUGUACCGCCACCCCUGGGAUGACAUCUCCUAUGUGCUCCCAGAGCACAUGUCUAUGUAAUCAUACGGGUUGAACCUCAUAGUGCCAGCUCCCAGUCCCUUAACCCAGCUGUUCCCCGCCCGAACCAUACUGUGAUCUGUCACCUCAAAGCAGUGGCAUAAUAUAGGAAAGAUGUUACGAUUAAUAUAGCUGUAAAUGGCCAAUACUGGAAAGAAUUUUAAGAGGGUGUUUUUAGUUUUGGAAACCUGUCAGUGCUGCAGUUCUGUGAAUGAUAAUAGUAAAACCUGCUAAACUAUGAAGCUUCAGGGUAUCACCACGUGUUUUGGAGCGAUGAAUCAGGCAUACAGUGGGUUGGUCGAUUGUUGACAGCAAAUAUCACUCAUGACUAGCCGAGGUACUGUUCUUUCUUCUUAAAUAGUACAUCAUUGUAUUAACCUAGCAUGUGUGUCUGUGUCACGGACUCUUGUGUCUCUGUGCUGCUUCCUUCAUUGUGCCAUGAGCUUCUUACAAGAGGUGAACAUGUAGUGCAAUAAUGCCUAUAACAUAACGUACUGUAGAGCAGAGCUUUAUUUCUAUAUAGAUGUAUUAAUAGAGGGAAACAAAGGUACAUGAAUAUUAUGAUUUUCUUGUGACGUUUUUGACACAUUGGCUGAAAACUGAAAUGGUAGUCUGUUUACUGUGGGUACCGGGACCAUUUUAUUUUAUGAGUCAUUCCUGGCACUCGCUGCCAUUUGCUGUCCACAUGAAAUGUUCUCUCUCAACGGGUGCAACAUGUGGGAGUAUUUUCUGAAAGUGUUUAAAUGGAAGUUAAGUAUUGUCUUUCAUAAAAAGAAAUUAAUAAUAAAAUACUAUUUCAUUAUAUAUUUUUUUUCCUUUCUCCAGUUAUUUAAGCGGAUUAGGCGCAUUUGAGAAAUGAGCUCCAAUUUUCAUCCUAUUACAAUAACUCAUACAUGGAAUAUUCUUUGGUGUCAGCACCAUUAAUAGGUAACUUAUGACCUGAUGUUGAGCAAGUUGCUUUAUCUUUUACUUCAACACACGAUGUACAAGUCUAUCUAGUGGAGAGACGCGCCAUGUCGAUGAUCUGCUUAAGAUAAUUAAACCCAGAGUGCAGGCCAGAACUACUACUUUCCAAAGAAUUUGGUGAUGCAAAAGAAAGUGUGUGGCUGUGUCAUCUUUUAUGUUAGUAUAACAAAAACGUUUAAGAAUUCUGUGGAAAAUCUCAAAGACCUCACCUGUGAUGCCAUUGUCUUUUAUUCCAGUGUGAACUGAAUGUGCCUCUGUACCAAUUUGUUCUAUGUCGAAAACUGUAUAAUUGAGUAAAAUAAAAUAUAACGCAAUGUA